AAGAGAACCAAAAAACCAAAAGAAAAGAAGCUCCACGGCGCACGUUAACGACUAUGUCACUGAUGAUGCGCAUGUUAGUAGACUGCGAGGGAAGAUGCUUUCCUCAUCCACCGUCUCCCUCCAACCCUUCCACUUUCUCUCUCCUUCCCUUCCUUAUCCUGCGCCAACACCACACAGAAGAACAGGAGAACCUAAAUUACACUUUCUCUCUCUUCUUCUCGUACUUCUAGGGUUUUCUGCAAUUACAGGUUUUCCCCCUAAUUUUCUCUCUCUCGGCGGUUCAAUGAUUGUUCUUAGUGCUUCAGUUAUCUCGAUAUUGUUCUAAAGCUUGCAGUAUGGACCUAAAUUCGCCGUUAUCCUUUGCCAAUCUCUUCAACCUCGAGCCUCUGGUGAAUUUUCGAGUGCCGCACCCGGAUGAUGAUUCUGAUUACUACGGGAGUAGCAGUCUGGAUGAAAGCAGAGGUAGCCAAGGGGGAGUGAUAGGUGGCCAUAGUAAUGGAAUCAUGUCUGAGAGGGAAGGCAAGAAAAGGAAGAGGAUUAGGAGCAGUGAUGAUGAAUUAGAAAAUGGCUACUAUAAGACUCCCUUUACGGAGGAGCGCUAUCGAUCUAUGCUUGGUGAACAUCUUCAGAAGUUUAAGAGGAGGAUCAAAGAUUCUUCGCUGAGUCCAGCACCUACACGGAUCCCUACUCCUAUUCCUAAAAGUAGCGCAACUGGGCAUGUGGCUCUCAAAAGUCGGAAAUUUGUAAAUGAGCAUCGAGGUGGAUUGCGUGAGGUUGAGAAAGCUCCAGACUAUUUGACUCGCUUUGUUCCCCAAAAUUUGGGAAACCAUUAUGAUGCAGGCUAUGCACUUAAAUAUGCCAAUGACAGAAUGACUCAAGAAUCUGUAUAUUUGGACAUUGGGGAGGGUAUCACUUACCAAAUUCCGCCAACUUAUGAGAAGAUGUCUGCAACUCUGAACUUGCCAAGCUUUUCAGAUAUUAGAGUGGAGGAGUUCUAUUUAAAGAGUACCCUGGAUUUGGGUUCCUUAGCUGAAAUGAUGACUGCUGAUAGGAGGUUUGGACCCAGAGGUAGAACCGGCAUGGGGGAUGCACUGCCCCAAUAUGAGUCACUUCAAGCAAAACUGAAGUCUCUUGCUUCUAGUGAUCCGGUUCAGAUGUUCAAUUUGAAAGUGACAGAGGAAGGGUUGAACUCAAUUCCUGAAGGGGCAGCAGGUAGGAUACAAAGGUCAAUAUUGUCAGAGGGUGGUCAACUGCAAGUUCACUAUGUGAAGGUGCUGGAGAAAGGAGACACAUAUGAGAUUAUUGAAAGGAGUUUACCGAAAACGCAAAAAGCAAAGAAAGAUCCUUCUGCUAUUGAAAGGGAGGAAAGAGACAAAAUUGGAAAAGUUUGGGUCAAUAUUGCUCGAAGAGAUCUGCCAAAACAUCAUCGAAUUUUCACUAACAACCACCGCAAACAAAUUAUGGAAUCAAAGAGGCUAGCAGAAACCUGUCAAAGAGAAGUGAAAUUGAAGGUGGGUAGAUCACACAGAUUGAUAAGGGGUCCUGCAAAUAGAACAAGGAAACUGGCCAGAGAAAUGGUGGUGUACUGGAAAAGAUUGGAAAAAGAGAUGGCAGAAGUUAGAAAGAGAGAAGAGAAAGAAGCUGCAGAAGCUUUGAAGCGCGAACGUGAGCUUGAAGAAGCAAGAAGACAGAAGAAGAGACUCGAUUUUCUUUUGUCACAAACAGAACUUUACAGUCAUUUCAUGCAAAAUAAAUCAGCUGUACGCCCUUCUGAGGCAAUUCCUGGCGAUGAAAAGAUAAACAGCGAAGGAAUUGAGGAUGAAAAGGCUGAAGAAGAAGAAGAUCCGGAGGAUGCUGAAUUAAAGAAAGAAGCCCUAAGGGCUGCUCAAGAUGCUGUCUCUAAGCAGAAAAAAUUGACUAGUGCCUUUGAUGACGAAUGCAUGAAGUUGCGGCAAUCAGCUGAUGAUGAAGUUCUGGGUGAAGAUGCCUCAGCCACUGGACCUACCAAUAUUGAUCUACUUCAUCCAUCAACUAUGCCAGUUACUUCAACAGUACAGACACCAGAAUUAUUUAAAGGUACCCUGAAAGAAUAUCAGCUGAAAGGCCUCCAAUGGCUUGUUAAUUGCUAUGAACAGGGUCUAAAUGGUAUUCUCGCGGACGAGAUGGGACUGGGAAAGACUAUACAGGCAAUGGCCUUCUUGGCUCAUUUGGCCGAGGAUAAAAAUAUAUGGGGCCCAUUUCUGGUUGUUGCUCCAGCGUCAGUCUUGAAUAACUGGGCUGAUGAAAUUAGUAAAUUUUGCCCUGAUUUGAAAACUCUCCCAUACUGGGGUGGACUUCAAGAACGACAAGUUCUCAGGAAAAAUAUUAACCCUAAAAGACUUUAUCGUAGGGAUGCUGGAUUUCAUAUACUUAUCACAAGCUACCAAUUAUUGGUUACUGACGAGAAAUACUUGAAGCGUGUCAGAUGGCAGUACAUGGUACUAGAUGAGGCUCAGGCAAUUAAGAGUGCAAGCAGCAUAAGAUGGAAGACUCUACUUACUUUUAACUGUCGAAAUCGUUUACUUCUGACGGGUACGCCUAUUCAGAAUAACAUGGCAGAGUUAUGGGCUCUUCUACAUUUCAUCAUGCCCACCCUGUUUGACAGCCAUGAGCAAUUUAAUGAGUGGUUUUCCAAAGGGAUAGAGAGUCAUGCAGAGCAUGGGGGCACCUUGAAUGAACAUCAGUUAAAUAGACUGCAUGCAGUGCUAAAACCUUUCAUGUUGCGCCGGGUCAAGAAAGAUGUGGUUACUGAGUUGACCGGAAAGACAGAGAUAGCUGUGCAUUGCAAAUUGAGUUCCCGACAACAUGCCUUUUAUCAAGCUAUAAAGAAUAAGAUAUCGCUGGCUGAGUUGAUUGAUAAUACUCGUGGGCAUCUUAAUGAAAAGAAAAUUCUUAAUUUGAUGAAUAUUGUUAUCCAAUUAAGGAAGGUCUGCAAUCAUCCGGAAUUGUUUGAAAGGAAUGAGGGUAGCUCGUACCUCCACUUUGGAGACAUCUCAAAUUCUCUUCUGCCUUCUCCUUUUGGGGAACUGGAUGGUGUAGCAUAUACUGGUGGUCGAAAUCCUAUAACGUACCAGAUACCUAAAUUAAUCUAUGAAGAUAUAUUUCGUGGUUCUGGGACACUUUCUUCUACUGUUGGACGUGGGAUUAGUAGAGGAUCUUUUGAGAAAUACUUCAACAUAUUUACUCCAGAUGUUAUUUAUCGAUCCAUAAUACCCCAAGAAAGUACCACUGAUGCAUCAUCUGCUGGGUGUGGAACAUUUUCCUUUACCCAUCUAAUCGACUUAUCACCUUCGGAGGUUACAUUCUUGGCCAAUAGCUCUCUUUUGGAGAGACUGAUGUUUUCUGUGAAGACACAAAAUAGGCAGUACUUGGAUGAUAUUGUAAACUUGGUGAUGGAGGUCGAAGAUGGCGAUCCUCAAAUUGAAAGAGGAAAAGUCAGAGCUGUCACUAGAAUGUUGUUAACACCCAGUAAAUCAGGCAGUGAGAUUUUGAGAAGAAAAUCCGCUACUGGUCCUAAACAUUCCCCUUUUGAGGAACUGGUGGUUUCCCACGAGGAUAGACUCUUGUCAAACAUCGCACUUCUUCAUUCAGCGUAUACGUUCAUCCCACGGAGUAGAGCUCCACCGAUUUGCGCUCACUGUCCGAAUAGAAACUUCUCUUAUCAAAUGCUCGAUGAACUACAUAACCCCUGGGUCAAGAGACUUUUCGUUGGUUUCGCUCGUACAUCUGAUUUUAGUGGACCUAGAAAGCCAGAUGGGCCACCUCAUCAAUUAAUUCAAGAGAUAGAUUCUGAACUACCUGUUACACAACCAGCUCUUCAGCUGACGUACAAGAUAUUUGGUUCAUGCCCACCCUUGCAAAGUUUUGACCCAUCAAAGUUGCUUACUGAUUCUGGGAAGCUACAGACACUUGAUAUAUUGUUGAAGCGCUUAAGAGCAGGGAAUCACCGUGUUCUUUUGUUUGCACAAAUGACGAAAAUGCUAAAUAUUCUUGAGGACUAUAUGAAUUAUCGAAAAUACAAGUAUCUUAGACUUGAUGGAUCAUCGACCAUCAUGGACCGACGGGACAUGGUUCGAGAUUUCCAACACAGGAAUGAUAUUUUUGUAUUCCUGCUAAGUACAAGGGCAGGUGGUCUUGGUAUCAAUCUAACAGCUGCAGAUACUGUGAUAUUUUAUGAAAGUGACUGGAAUCCAACCCUGGAUUUGCAGGCAAUGGAUAGAGCUCAUCGUUUGGGUCAGACUAAAGAUGUUACUGUCUACCGUUUGAUUUGCAAAGAGACUGUUGAGGAGAAGAUUUUACAAAGAGCAAAUCAAAAAAGUACUGUUCAGCAGCUUGUAAUGACUGGGGGCCAUGUACAAGGUGAUUUAUUGGCGCCGGAAGAUGUUGUCUCAUUACUCAUUGAUGACGCCCAAUUGGAACAGAAAUUGAAAGAAAAUCCUAUACAGGUUAAAGAUAAACAAAAGAAAAAGCGAGUAAAUAAAGGUAUACGGAUAGAUGCAGAAGGAGAUGCGACUUUGGAAGAUCUUGACAAGGUUGCAAAUGAAGCUGCCGAUAUUGAGCCCUCUCCAGAUCCGGAAAAGCCGAAGUCUAACAAUAAAAAAAGAAAAACCGGUGAUAAACAAGGGCAAUCAAGGAAGAAGGCUGCAAAAGCCACGGACACAGAGAUGAUUGAUGCUGGUUUAAUGACGGGGAAUGAGUUUGAUGACUUAGUUAACAACCCUGGCCAACAGCAAAGACCAAAGAGGCCAAAGAGAGAAAGACCGACCAAGAGUGUGAAUGAAAACAUUGAACCUGCUUUUACCGCUGUUUCUUUUGUGGUCCCGCAGCAGCCUUAGGCUCAAAUCUUACCUGCUAUAGACCAGAGUGGUUUGUAGUCUGAUAUUCCCCAGUAUUAGGAAAAUAGGAAUCAUCACUCCAUUUUGUCAGCUUUUGUUUUACCAAGCUGGGUCUCUUGCUUUCCUUUUUGCUGAUCCCUACGUUGGAUUCGGGAAGCAAGCAUGCCGUGUUGUAAGUGUUGUACAGGCUCCUUCAAUUACUGAUGCCAUUUUCAACUGCCAAUUAUAGUUGUAGCGACCAGUGAAUAAGUGUAUAUAAGAAACAUUAGUGAUCAAUUCCAGAAGAAAUACAAGCAGAGUAUUAUCUUUUGCUGUAUAUAAAAUUCAUUUACAUAGUAGAUAAUUUUAUCAGCUGGUUUACAA